GCGGGCUGACGCCCCCUGGCGCCGGAGAGUGCGGGCGGCUGGGGAAUGGCUGCUGCCAUGGUUCCGGGGCGCAGCGAGAGCUGGGAGCGCGGGGAGCCUGGUCGCCUGGCCCUGUACUUCUGCGGGAGCAUUCGCGGCGGACGCGAGGACAGGACGCUGUACGAGCGGAUCGUGUCUCGGCUGCGGCGAUUCGGGACAGUGCUCACCGAGCACGUGGCGGCCGCCGAGCUGGGCGCGCGCGGGGAAGAGGCUGCUGGGGGUGACAGGCUCAUCCAUGAGCAGGACCUUGAGUGGCUGCAGCAGGCGGACGUGGUCGUGGCAGAAGUGACACAGCCAUCCUUGGGUGUAGGCUAUGAGCUGGGCCGGGCCGUGGCCUUUAACAAGCGGAUCCUGUGCCUGUUCCGCCCGCAGUCUGGUCGCGUGCUUUCGGCCAUGAUCCGGGGAGCAGCAGAUGGCUCUCGGUUCCAGGUGUGGGACUAUGAGGAGGGAGAGGUGGAGGCCCUGCUGGAUCGAUACUUCGAGGCUGAUCCUCCAGGGCAGGUGGCUGCCUCCCCUGACCCAACCACUUGACUUAAUCUCACUUUCUUAAAUUCUUCUAUUCUCAGACACUGCUCUAGUACCAUUCCUUCCUCUUAGCCCCAGGAGCAAAUUAAAAGGUACAGUUAAAAUCCUAA